AUGGGCUACGACCAACAACGAAUCGCCCAACUUCGACACGAAAUUGGAAUUCAAAGAAAGACAGUUGAAAGGGCUCGGGCGCUUAUAGCGUAA